CUUCCCGUAGCUUUUCUCUCUUCAUCCCAUUCCUUCAAUUCAGUAUUACCGGAGUGCCACAGUAUCUGCUUCGCUCCUCUUGUUGUCUUGUUCAGUCUACAUAGCCUUGCAGUACUCUCACAAUGUCUGCUCAAGUCACUCCCUCUAAGCAGGCUGCAUCUUCCCUCGAAAACCUCAAGAUGAGCGACUCUCCUGUGAAGAAGCUCAACUUCGAGUCGGCCGGCAAGGAAAACGCGCCCUCCACUCGCGUCGACGCGCCUGCCGGCAAGAUCGUGGAGAAGCCCACUCAGACAGUCACGACCACCCCGACUGCUAAGGAGCUGGAGGCCACUGAGCCUCUGCUCCAGGAGAACCCUCACCGUUUUGUUCUCUUUCCCAUCAAGUAUCAUGAGAUCUGGCAAAUGUACAAGAAGGCCGAGGCCUCUUUCUGGACCGCCGAGGAGAUCGAUCUCUCCAAGGAUUUGCACGAUUGGAACAGCCGCCUGAACGACGAUGAGCGCUACUUUAUUUCGCACGUUCUGGCUUUCUUUGCCGCGUCUGACGGCAUUGUCAACGAGAACCUGCUGGAGCGCUUCAGCAAUGAGGUGCAGGUCCCCGAGGCUCGCUGCUUCUACGGAUUCCAGAUCAUGAUUGAGAACAUUCACUCGGAGACCUACUCGCUCCUCAUCGACACAUACAUCAAGGAGCCCAAGCAGCGCACCCAUCUUUUCGAUGCCAUUGAUACCAUCCCUUGCAUCAGGAAGAAGGCCGACUGGGCCAUCCGGUGGAUCCAGGAUACGGAGUCCACCUUUGCCUCGCGUCUCGUGGCCUUUGCUGCUGUUGAAGGCAUCUUUUUCUCUGGCUCCUUUGCCUCCAUCUUCUGGCUGAAGAAGCGUGGCCUGAUGCCGGGUCUUACCUUCUCCAACGAGCUGAUCUCUCGUGACGAGGGUCUCCACACUGACUUCGCCUGCUUGCUGUUCUCGCACCUGAACAACCGCCCCAGCAAGAAGGUUGUCGAGGAUAUCAUCGUGGAAGCGGUCUCGAUCGAGAAGGAGUUCCUGACGGAUGCCCUUCCGUGCGCCCUGCUGGGCAUGAACUCCAACCUGAUGUGCCAGUAUAUCGAGUUCGUCGCCGACCGUCUUUUGGUGGCUCUCGGCAACAAGAAGUACUUCAACGCCACCAACCCCUUCGACUUCAUGGAGUCGAUCUCUCUGGCCGGCAAGACCAACUUCUUCGAGAAGCGGGUGGGUGACUACCAGAAGGCCGGUGUCAUGGCCAGCGCCAAGAAGGACACCGAGAAGGUGGAAAGCAAGACCUCCGCCGGUCUUAGCUUUGACGAUGAUUUCUAGACCACUCUCCCCACAUAUACCCGGCUGCUUGUUCAGCAGCAGCCAUUUUAUACGAGCCCACUGUUUGACUUUUCUGUUUUUGUUUUACAUUCCCCUCUUGUUGUUUUUUUUUUCCUUUCCCUUUCUUUCUUUUUUUGUUGUCUGCUUUAAGUGAUUGAUGAAGCUACUCUGAGGUAUACGCAUGGGACCGGCGUUGGAAAGGCGGUAAUUUCUUUGUUCGAUGUAUGGUGGGAGUCCUGUCUAGCUAUCGCCGGAUGGGCAGUCGACUGCAUCUAAAAUACUAUGGUGUACAUUGAUUGG